GCUGUUUUUUUCAUGUGUUCCGUCGACGCGCGCUGCGGCCUCCCCUCCGGCUCCUGCGGCAACAUGGCGGCGGCGGAGGAGACAAUGAGCGCGGGCGGGAGGCGCCAACUCUGAGCCGCUGGUCACUGCCGUCCCCGUGUGCCGGCCUCCGGGAACCCGAGCUCCGUCACCCCCAGCCACGGGCCCCAGGGGGAUCCGAUCCCCCCCUACUGACACCCCGCGCAGCGGUCACCACACAGGGCCUGACAGCCAGGGGAGGGCCGGUGUGAGGUAACUUAUUACCGCCCAGGCCCCAUAGCUAUACCCCAACCCCCCCCCCUCUCUCCCUGUACCCCAACACCCCCCCCCCAUCUCUCUGUUCCCUAAUACCUUUCCCUGUACCCCAACACUUACCCUUUUUCUGUCCCCAACAUCUCCCCCCUCUCCCUGUACCCCUAUAUCCCCCCCACUGUGCCCCAUCACCUCCCCCUGUGCCCCAGUACCUCCCAUCCCCCUUCCAUUUCCUCAGCUGCACCCCCCUAUCCCCUGUGUUCCUGCAUCCCCAUAUUCUGUGCCCCUCCCCCCUCCUGCACCGGGGCGCAUCACCCUACCACCUGGGGCAGCCAUGAAGCUGACGGACAACGUGCUGCGCAGCUUCCGGGUGGCGAAGGUUUUCCGCGAGAACUCCGAUAAGAUCAACUGCUUUGACUUCAGCCCCGGUGGGGAAACGGUCAUUUCCAGCAGCGACGACGACUCCAUCGUGCUGUACGACUGCCAGGAGGGCAAGCCCAAGAGGACGCUGUACAGCAAGAAGUACGGUGUGGACCUCAUCCGAUACACGCAUGCAGCAAAUACCGUGGUCUAUAGCUCCAACAAAAUUGAUGAUACCAUCCGGUACCUCUCUCUUCAUGAUAAUAAAUAUAUCCGUUAUUUCCCUGGCCACAGUAAAAGGGUCGUUGCGUUAUCUAUGUCUCCGGUGGAUGAUGCUUUUAUUUCUGGGUCCUUGGAUAAAACCAUCCGCCUGUGGGACCUCCGGUCUCCCAACUGUCAGGGUCUGAUGCACUUACAGGGGAAGCCAGUGUGCUCGUUUGAUCCAGAGGGUCUUAUUUUUGCCGCAGGAGUUAAUUCAGAGAUGGUGAAGCUGUAUGACCUUCGCUCCUUCGAUAAGGGUCCGUUUGCCACCUUCAAGAUGAACUAUGACCGCACCUGCGAAUGGACGUCACUCAAAUUUAGCAACGAUGGAAAAUUAAUUCUUCUCUCUACCAAUGGCGGCUUCCUGAGGCUAGUUGAUGCGUUUAAAGGGGCCGUGUUACACACCUUUGGGGGUUAUAACAACAGUAAAGCGGUCACGCUAGAAGCUUCGUUCACCCCGGAUUCUCAGUUCAUUAUGAUCGGGUCGGAAGAUGGCAAGAUCCACGUAUGGAAUGGAGAGAGCGGCAUGAAAGUGGCCGUAUUGGAUGGCAAGCACACCGGACCCAUCACCUGCUUACAGUUCAAUCCCAAGUUCAUGACCUUUGCAAGUGCUUGUUCCAAUAUGGCCUUCUGGCUGCCGACUAUUGACGACUAGUUCACCAGUCACCCAGCCGGGGUAGCGAGAGCCCAGAUGUUAAGCUAAAAGGAUUCUGUUGGAGUCCUCUCUGAGUGCGGAGAAUGAGUAUGGACCUACCUGCAGGCUCCCCAGUAUUACACCGCUUCCACAAUAGACUGAUAAUUCUGCUUGCCAAACUGCCCAGUGCAUGGUCCAGGUCAUGCAUCCGAAGAUAUAUAUAUUACUACAGCGCAAAUGUUGGAUUAUGAAUCUACCGUGCAGUGUCUGUGAGAUGUCCUGAUCACAUUAAUUAAUUUGGUUCGGUUUUUCUGUUAGGUCCUUUUUUAAUUGCUGUGGAAACCUUUUUAUAUAUUUCCUAUUUGUAUUAGUAUAUCUGGGGUGUGUCUGGCCCCACUCCUCUCUGCCGGGACCAGUUACACAAUCCGCUCGCCCUAUAUUGCUGGGAUAUAUACGGUCUGUAUUAGUGUACCUGGGGUACGUCUGGCCCCACGCCUCUCUGCCGGGACCAGGUCCACAAUCCGCUCGCCCUGUAUUGCGGAGAUAUAUCCUGCCUGUAUUAGUGUACCUGGGGUACGUUUGGCCCCACGCCUCGUUACACAAUCCGCUCGCCCUAUAUUGCUGGGUUAUUUCAGACACCCAUUGUGCAACUCUGAUGAAAUACAGCGAGGCUCUGAGUACGCGUAUGUCAUGUGACAGACGUGUAUUUAGUUCCCUGAACGUUGGGGUGACCGCCCGCAUUAUUUUAAGUUUUACUUGGGAUCUCUUGCGCAAUGAAGGGACUAAAUGUAACCCUUCUGGUUCAGUCAUUUUAUCUCCGUUUGUGCUUUGUGGACACGAGUGAGAGAAAUAUUCCCUGCAUCCAGUGUUGUUGCCCUGACACCCUGUUGUACACCGGUCCGGAGGGCUCAGUGCCGUUACAGCCCUCGCCGUCCACGCCCAGUAUAUCGAAGGUGGGGCUUCCUCCCAGAAAACCUGAGUAAGCCGCAAGUAAAAGUUUCAGAUUUUGUUUGUUGGUUCAACAUUUAAUUUCAUUUUGUUUUAUUUGGCUCCUGAAAGAGUUUGAGAAUGGAGACUGCACGUGACAGCUGGUAAUGUGGAGCAUGCAGUAUAGAAAGUGGCGCCGCAGCGCCACUUACCUUGCAGUAUGUGAAUGCCUGGUGUAUAAUACCUGUAUAGCGCUACUUACUCUCUCAGCUUCAAGUAUUUAAAGGGACAUGGCUUGUGACACAUGCUCAUCUCCAUCAUCCCUAAGGGACUGUCCGCCAGCAGUAUUUCUGGCUAACGUAUUCCACAGCCGCACAUUUUAUACUGUCCAGCCGCACAAACAAAUUGACAUUUAUUCGCCUGCGUGUACAUAAGUGUUGUGAUAUUGUGAGUUUACUGCAAUAAACAUCCACAACCGUU